UUUUUCCAGGAUCGGCACGUUAAAAAGAACGGCGAUGGUCAGCCGCUGGUCGAUUCGUCCCAGGACUACGUGCUCCUGUUGGGCUACGAAAACCAGACGCAUACGGUGCUGCGGUUCAAGCGAAAACUGGACACCUGUGACGUGGCCUACGAUGUGCCGAUAACGAACGACACCAUGCGGGUCAUCUACAUGUACCACGACGAGGAACCGCACGGGUCCUCGUACACCCCCGGCAGUCUUCCGGAUCCGGCGGAAGCCUUCAAACAGGCCCGGUCCCUCUUCCUGACCCAGCGCGUCAACCAGACACCGAUCAAGCUGGACGCCCGGAUGAAGAUCAUGGAACUGCGCAAUCAGGACGUCGAGCUGCCCCAGGCGGACCACACCCUCCACUGGUGCAAAAUGUUCAAACUGAGCGAUAUCAAUCGCAAACACCAUCUGAUUAGGUACGAGCCGGUAUUCGAUUCAUCAUCUAGUAUACCGUACCUGAAUCACAUCAUCCUGCACGAGUGUCAGGGAUCGUCACCGGAACUAGAAAUAAUGUCCCGGGAAAAUGGACGACCCUGCUAUCAGGCGGACAAAUCGAUUCUGACUUGCAACUCCAUUGUGGCUGCGUGGACGCGUGGAUCUGAGGGUUUCUCCUUCCCAAAUGAGGCCGGCUAUCCAUUGGAUUCGAACCAGGCUCGGUUCUAUCUGAUGGAGACUCACUACAGCAGCAGUUUCGAGUUCUACGAGAACCCAACGACUGCCAAGGGUAAGGUCAUGGUGGACAACUCUGGGCUGAAGAUCUACUAUAGCAGUUCGCUGAGGAAUCACGAUGCCGGAGUUCUUUCGGUCGGAAUGGAUCCUAACUGGAGGCACAUAAUUCCUCCGGGUCAGGAACAUGUCGUUUCUGAGGGUCAUUGCGUGGGAGACUGUACCAGGAGGGCCUUUCCACGGGAUGGGAUCAAUGUUUUUGCGGUGAUGAUGAGGACCCAUCAGAUUGGAAGGCAGAUCAAAUUGAGGCAGAUUCGACAUAGGGAAGAACUGCUUCCGAUAGCUCAUGACAAGAAUACGGAUUACAACUAUCAGGAGUACCGAAGGCUUAACUCGGCAGUUAGGGUACUUCCUGGAGACCGGUUGAUAGCCGAGUGCAUCUACGAUAGUUCCGGAAGAACGGCUAUUACGCUGGGUGGGUUGACUACCAGGGAAGAAACUUGCCUGGUGUUGACACUGUAUUACCCAAGACAGAAAGAACUGACCACGUGUCAUUCACUACCAAGUCUUCCAACGGUACUCCACUCUCUGGGGAUCAAUGAACUGGUUCCCGGGUCCAAUCCAGUACGGAUUGCUUCACCGAAAGAACUGACGGGAAUGACCCUGGAGACCCGUUUGAUCUCCUACGAUUGGCACAACAACUUCAAGAGUUUCCAGUACGUCACGAGGAAAGGGUCCUUCAAGCCGUUGUGUUGGAGUGCCAAAAAUCAACCCAUGCCGGGCACCGAAAAUCUCGAGGGCUUCUCACCGAACAUCACCAAAUCGUACAAGGUGCAGAAAACGUGCAGCUUCAACCGGCUGGGAAAUGUUCCCCGGGUGGGUCCCAAUUCGUCAAACAUGUACUUCCACAACCGGAACCGGUACGUCACGGAAUCGGAAACCAGUGUGGAUGUUCCGGCGCUGGGCAAUGGUGACGGGGACGACGAUGAUGGUGGUGGCAUUGGGAUCGGCAUCGGCGAUGACAACGACGUCGAACUGGAGGACAACAACGUGAUAGAGGGCGCCGCCCGGAGUAAAGUUUCUCGCAGCUCGGCCACCGAAUCGAUGGGUCUGAGUGGGGCCUCCUCGUUGGGCUUACGCCGAUUGGGGUCGUCCUCUUGCCCCUCCUUCUGGGCGGUCGUUCUCCAGUGCCAGAUGGUCGCUUACCUGCUGUUUAUCAUCUUCCUGAACUCGUUCCGGAUAGCGUAAGAUGGACCACUUGGGUGGGCGAGGGCAGCUUCUACCCUUUUGAUGUAAUAUUAUGUUCCAUCAUUUUCCGAGGGAAAAAUAAUGGAAAGGAUUCCUACCGAAUGAAAAAAAAUGAAAGUUGAAAAAUGCUGAGCCAGCAGGGGAAAAUCCUAAGAAAAAGGGUAGAAAAGUUUAGAACCAUUUACAAUAAGUAGGCAACAAAUUUUGUGUUGACUGUGGCAGAGAGAGACUGGAAUUUUGAGAGCAAACUGAAAUGAAGGAACUUUUUUCCUGAAGCGAAGGAUUCCCAUCCUUGACCGGAUGAGAUAAAAAAACCCAAAAGAAAAAAAAAACAUGACGAUGUUUAUGAUAAUCGGUGAUAAAUAGACGAGAGCGAGAGUGUGAGUGAAACCAUCUUGUAAAUACGACGAACAUUGACGAGGGAAAUCAAAGGGUUGGCUGAGUAAGGUUUAGGAAAAAUGAACCUGAACUCAAUUUUUAAUGAAGGUAAUUUCGUAGGAAUUUUCCAACAAAUGUUCAUCCAACCGUGCUGCAUUGGAGUGAUUCUGUUGAAGGUGCUUUGGAUGGGAAAAAUUUCCAGUUCACAGCUUUUUAUUUAACGCAAUGAACUGACAUUGUAAAAGAAGUCAUUACGCGUUUGUAAGGUUGAAUGAAAAUUUCCGGAAAAAUAACAGAGAGAGUCAAUCAUGCGUAAGUUAAAUUUAUAAAAGGGCUCACGUUUCGAUGGUCUUGAAUUUUUCUUACAAAUUCGUCUUUUCAAAUGGUUCGUGGACCUUAAGUUCUAUUCGAAUGAUAUCGUACAUUUUAGUCAAAGACCAUAAAAACAAACUUGUUGUUUUCUGCAUAUGCCGAGAUGGUUCCGUAAAAGAAAAACUGUUCCUGCUAUUUGCAGAAAAAAUCAUUGAUCAUCAAUCACUUAUUCAUGAUUAUAUUAAAGAGAAUAUUUCGUUAAAAAAUUACAAAACCUUCUCACCUAAGGGCUUUCACAAAUUUAAUUCAUGACAUAUUGGCGAGAUAGACAAAUUUACCCCAGCCAUCAAAAGUCAAAGAAAAAAAAAUUAAUCUCAUAUGCCGAUCAAUUUUGAGUGAUUUUCACAACAAUUAGUUCAUGUAUUUUAUUUUGUUUCGAUUAAAGUCGUUUUACCAUAACGUUACCAGAUUGCCCAGUUUUCUUCAGGUUUGCCUCGAUAUUGAAUACAAAAUUUGGGAAUAGUUCGGCCCAACCUGGUUGCUGUUGGAUUGGUUGUUCUUCGAAAAUGCUCGGAUUUUGCCCGGAUUUAUUCACUUUAUUUGGUAAAUCAAACAAACAAAAAACAAAUUGUGCGGCAACAAUUUUUUAUGCAUGCACCAAAAUGAAAUUUAAUAAUCAUGAUAGGUUUUUUGGAAGCCUAAAAUACGAUUUAAAAUCUGUAAAUGAGUUUUAAUGGAUUUUUUUUCAUUUUUUCAUUUGAAUUUGGUUGAGUAAUUUCUGGGUUUUGACAAAAUUUUGCCCGGAUUUCUAAUCGUUAAUUUUGAAAUCAAAUUCCCAGAUUUUGCCAGCUUUUGAUAUGAAAUUGCCAGAUUUGUCCGGUCCGGAUACGUCAUAAAAAAAAUCUGACGACCUUAUUUUAACAUCUUUAUGACACUCGCGACUUUAUAUCAAAGUUGUAUUUGUGGGACAUUUUCUCACGGAAAUUUGCUCAGGUGGAAACUGACUUGCCAACUUAGUUAUUUUUGAAUGUUACUUUCCAUUUUUGGGAAAGAGGGUCUCAAAAAAUAGAAAAAAAAGAACUGCCAGUUACCAAAAAAUGGCUACCGGGAAAUUUUCCCCAUAAUGCUAUGAUUAUUUAAUUUAAAGCUUAUUCAAAAACUGUGGAAAGCAGAGAUGAUUUCACAUAGAUUUUAUUAUUUUACAUAGAAUCAAUGUCAAAUGCGACUAAAAUUGAAUAAAUUUCUGUGAAUUUUCAUCGUAACAACCAAGGUUUGGCAUAACAAAAUGGUUCAUUGUAUCGAGUGAUGAAAGAGGCACACACAAGUUUUGGAACAGUAACAUCAAGGAAAUGAUUUGAUAAAUUGCUUUGAAAGGUCUCCUCUAAUAAAAAAGCGGGGAGGCUUCGAAUAAAAUUACUAUAAAACACGGAGCAAUUUAAACAAUUUUCUGAUUUAUAAUAUGAAAACUUGGUUAACGAACAUAUUUUGGAAUAAUCUAAUUUAUUUGUAUGGAAAUAUUUCCCUUCCAAUAAAAACAAGAGAGUUAUAUCACAAACAAAAUCGUUAUAAGCACGAGACUAAACAAACAGUUCCAAACAAAAUAAUUGAAAUGUGAAACAGGAGUAAUAUAUUUGACAUAAAAAAAUUUCGUUCAAGUUAAGAUACUAUAUAAACUAGUUUAUAAAUUUCGUUGAAAAUCCCUUUCACUUUUGAAAGGAGGGAAUCGAUGGAAAAAAGUUUUUUGUAUAAAAAAAAACCUCAGGACUCCCAUACAAAACUAACGAUCAUAAAAACUUAACAAUUGAUGUUAAACUGUUAGCACACUUAAAUUUAUUUCAAAAACAAAGAAAAUAAUUGAAAAAAUGGUACAACUCGAAAAAAUGGUACAACUCGAAUAUUUCUGAAAAUUUAUUAAAAAUUUAAU